GCUGAAACACAUUAAAAUGAAAAACACAAAAUUCUUCUUCUCCUUCCUAACAACUUUAUUUAUCCUUUUACAAUUAUUUAUUUGUAAUAAAGUUGAAAGUUUUGAUUUUGAAAUACGUCAAUUUGGUCCCUCUGUUGGUGGGAGUAAUUCUGGAAUUUCGCAACGUUCUCUUUUUGUUGAUAAUACAGAAAAUAACCCCGAAGUAGACAAUGCCGGCUUUCUCGGCAAUAGUUUGUCUGUUUCAGGACGUCGCAGACUUAUUCAACCCCCGCCUUUAAAAAGAAGUUUUGGGGGGAGAGCACAGAGAAUUCUGGUGGGGAAUGAUUGGCCAAUACUUUUGUCUCCUUCGAGGGCUUGA